GAAGAAUAGGACGGGUAUCAACCGCGGCCGGACCUUGUUUUUCAUCACGCGUCCGCUUAUCUGGCAAUCACGAGUCCCGCAAGCGCUGACUUGCUCAUAAUUGCGCACGAUUGUCGACGUCUACUCCAUCGAUUCAACGUUGAGAGACGUUUUCUUGUCAUUGAAGAUGGACCAUUACCUCGCCGAGAAUAUAGUUCCCACGCUGCUCCGGAACCCAGCGCCGCAGGUUGAUGCUCCGAAAAAGCGCGGCCGCCCUCCCAAGCCUAUCAGUACAAACGGAAUCAAGAAGGAGCAGCUGGUUGUCAGUGUUUCACACGAAGCUGAACCACCGUCUCCCAAACGUGGCAGAGGUCGCCCGAAGGGAGUAGUCCAAGCUCCAGCAUGGACAGAGGAAGACGUGGAACGCAUCACAGAGCUCAGGGCUGGAGGUGCGCCUUGGAACGCGAUUGCCGAGGAAUACCAGAUGAACGCAUGCACUGUUCACGCAAGGUUUAAGGCCGCCGAAGCGAAGAAGACAGUGUGGACCGAGGAAGAGGAUCACAGUCUGAAAGAAGAAAUUAGGAAGUACGAGACGGAGAAGUGGAGUGUGAUUGCUAGCAAGAUGGGCAAGACCGUGAAGGCUGUCACAGUGAGGGCAAAGGUGUUGACUCUGUGA